AUGUUGGAUCAAGAGUGUUGUUGUUGUGCAGCUCAAUUCGGGGCAUGGACAUUUGGGCCAGGGCAUGGAUUUGCGCGAAUAAGCCGCUGGACGGUGGAAAAGUGCCCAGAGCGACUGCCAAGCGGCGAUAUUGAAGCCAUUUUCUCCCUUCAAGACAACGAGUUCACCCGCUCAAUGUGGAAUUACCCGUUCAGGCUGAGCUACCGACUGAUUUUGCGCGAAAAAGAGCUGCAUUUCAACAUCGGGGUGUACAACCCAAGUAAAGAGCACACUUUCAGCUUCAACCUCCUACUACACACGUACUUCAAAGUUCCGGAUGUCAAACGCUGCCAGGUGACGGGUCUGCAUGGCUGCACGUUUAUCGACAAAACGCGUGAUAAUCAGAUCUACCAGGAAGGCCGAGAUGUAGUGACCGUUUGCGAGUGGACGGACCGCAUCUACCAGAACACUCAGCCCGAGCACAUCAUCACUAACGUCGUUUCUGGUCGCAAGAUGCGCCUCCAGAAGUACAACUUCCCGGACACUGUUGUGUGGAAUCCUUGGCAGGAAAAGGCUCGCGAGAUACCAGAUUUUGGUGAUGAUGAAUUUCCCAACAUGAUCUGCGUCGAGAGCGGCCACGUCAGUAGUCCCGUCAUCCUCUUACCCGGCACAGCGUUUGAAGCCAGUCAGAUACUUCAGGUGAUGUGAGUAGAGGGUGGCGGAGGAUCCUCGCAGGCUGGCGGCUCAUCUUCCAAU